AUUAAAAAAUCAAAAUGUCAAACCUAAAUUAUCUCGAACUCACAAACUUCAUUAAUUAUUUUCAUUUGAUUAUGUUUUACAUAUAACGAGAAUAAGAUAUAUUUGAGAUACUAUUAGAGCUGCUGAAUUUAAGAAAACAGCAAUAGAGUACAUGAAGUGUUCCCCAAAUGAUGUCUCUUAAGCCUAGGAAUGUGGACUUUCAGGAGACUUGGGCCAACCUUAAGGAAACUGUGGCGGGAGUAGUAGCUCUCCGUGCGGUCGAACGAGCAGUGUGGAACACUCGUUUUUCUGACGUCUAUGCACUCUGCGUCGCUCACCCGGAGCCCCUUGCAGACCGACUGUACGAUGAAACAAAAAAUUUCUUGGAGGAACAUGUCGGUGGCCUUCUACAAAGAGUCAAAGGAUCAUCUGUGCUUGAGAGCAGUGAUUACAAUGAUGGGCUUCUUACAAGAUACGUGACGGCUUGGCACGAGUUCAGUCAGGGCGUGGCGUACCUCAACUCCCUCUACUCGUACCUCAACCUGCAGCAUGUCAAGAGACAAAAGGUAUCAGACGCAGAGAUAAUAUAUGGAUCAGCCGCCACCGUCAGCUGUCCAGAACACGACACAAGACAGCUGGAGGUCGGCGAGCUGGGCCUGCUGACGUGGGAGCGCGUGCUGGUCCGGCCGCUGUCGGGUGCGCUCAGCUCGAGGCUGGUGGCGGCCCUCAGCGCGGCGCGGGACUCCGCACCCGACCCCGCCGCCGCCGACGCGCUACGCAGCGCCGUGCACAGCGCCGUGCACGUGCAGGCGUUUCGCGUGCGAGCUCCACUAUCAUUGUACCAGCAGCUGGUUCUGGAGCCGUUUCUGGCAGCGGCGACCACCUACCACUCGCGUCGAGCCGCGCGCCUGCUGGCCGAGGGGGACGUGUCGCACUUCAUGAAGCACGUGCUCGAUGGGCUGGAGCGCGAGGUGUCGCUGGCGCAGCGCUUCCUGCACUCGUCGUCGCUGGAGAGCGUGCGCGCGUGCUACGAGCGCGCCUGCGUAGCGGCGCACCUGCCGGCGCUGCACGCCGACGUGGAGCGCCUGCUGCGCGAGGCCAGCGCGGGGGGGGGCGCGGCGCGGCGCGACGACCUGCGCCGCAUGUACGCGCUGCUGCGCCCGCUGGGGGGGCCCGCGCUGCGCCCGCUCGUCGACGCCGCGCACCAGCAGGCCGUGCGCGACGGGCUGGCGCUGCUGGACGCCGAGCACCCGCGCGACGAGGCGCACGCGCACUUCGUGCAAGCGAUGCUGUCGCUGCACAGCAAGUACAGCGCGCUGUACGGCGACGUGUUCGGCGGCGCGCAGGCGUUCGUGGGCGCGCUGGACAAGGCGUGCAGCGCGGUGGUGAACCGGCGGCGCGCGGGGGAGGCGUGCGCGCGCGCGCCCGAGCUGGUGGCGCGCUACUGCGACGCGCUGCUGCGCCGCCGCGCCGCCGACGCCGACGCCGACGACAAGCUGGCCGCCGCCAUCGUCGUCUUCAAGUACGUCGACGACAAGGACGUCUUCCAGAAGCACUACGCGCGCGCGCUGGCCCGCCGCCUCAUCCACCAGCUCUCCGCCUCCAUGGAACAGGAGGAGGCGAUGAUAAACCGCCUGAAAGCGGCCUGCGGGUACGAGUUCACGAACAAACUUCACCGGAUGUUCACCGACGUGGCGGUCUCGGCUGACCUCAACGCAAAGUUUCAGCAGUACUUGCGAGAUAAUAAUUUAAGUACAAACACAGGAUUUUUCAUCCAGGUGCUGCAGGCCGGCGCGUGGCCGCUGGGCGGCGCCAUGGCCCCGCUGGCGCCGCCCGCGCAGCUGGAGCGGCCGGCGCGGCUGUUCGAGGCGUUCUACCGCGCGUCGUUCAGCGGGCGGCGGCUGGCGUGGCUGCACCACCUGUGCACGGGCGAGCUGCGCACGCGCUACACGGCGCGCGUGUACCACGUGAGCGCCAGCACGCCGCAGUGCGCGCUGCUGCUGCUGUUCGAGGAGGCGGACGAGCUCAGCGCGCGGGAGGCGCGCGACGCGCUGCAGCUGGCGGGCGAGGCCUGGGCGCGCCACGUGCGCCCGCUGCUGGACGCCGGCCUGCUCACCGGCGACGCCGACGGCACGCUGCGCCUCAACCUCGCCUUCUCCUGCAAGCGCACGCGCCUGCGCCUCACGUGCGCCGCCGCGCCGCCCGGGCAGGGGGGCGGAAGCGGGUCGGGGUCGGCGUCGGGGGGCUCGGAGUCGACGCACUGUGACGACGACCGCAAAAUGUACCUACAGGCGGCGCUCGUGCGCAUCAUGAAGCAGAGGAAGGUGCUACGUCACACGGAACUUAUACAGGAGGUAGUAUCUCAAGCGAGGGGUUCGUUCGCGCCCUCUGUAGCUAUGAUAAAAAAAUGUAUCGAAGCACUAAUAGACAAGCAAUACCUGGAGCGAGCUCCGGGCACCCUCGACACGUACUCGUACCUCGCGUAGGGCGCACGACCCGGCCCGUCUCGGCACGUCCCGGCACGACCCGGCACGUCUCGACACGUCCCGGCUCGUCUCGUCGCGUCUCGACGUCGCGUCACGAUACUGGAAAUAUUUUUUUAAAAACAUAUUGUAAAUAAAUAUUAAAAACAAAUAAUAUAAAAACAA